AGUGGAAAUUAUUUUACAUAGGGUUUCCAAGAGAAAACAAUGUGAUGCCUCUUGUUACUGGUCAUACUUACAGUGUAACUUCUUCUGACCUGGUGGGAAUAUAGAAGCCAGAAAUGUGGCCAAUCAGUGGCUCUCUAGAUGUUGUUGCAUUCCAAUUCCUAGAAUUUUUUGUAUAUUAAUUUGCUACAAUCUUCUUUGACUUUUUAUUUCUAUAAAAUUGAUAACUAAAUAUGUUCUUUGUAUUCUAGAUUGGUCUGUGCAUGGCAUUAAGGCAAUGGCGUUCGUUCUGUGAUGUGAAUCCAGGCACUUUCUUCCCUCGUUGCUACAUGUUUAGUGAGCAAAAUGAAAAACAAGCAUUCAUUGAUGACUUUAACAUGACUGCGGCUUGUGGUAUCCUAAAAUGGGUUUUGAGAAGCAAUGGGAAGUCUUUGCAAGAUGACGUUAUUUCCAGCCAGAAAGAAAAGAAAACUGUUCCAGAAGAUAUUAUAGUAAAAGCCCUUGUGGCUUGCCAGCUUUAUCUGUAUUACUCAACACAUGAGGACGAAUACGACUUAAUAUGUUCCAGGAUAAUUAAUUGGGAACAGUUCAUAGAUGACUACUAUCAGGUUAUGCAUCAUGGUGCGCACAUACGGAAUUCAGACAAGUAUGUUGAUUACUGCCACCAAUUGUUAUGUAAGCUGAGAAGAGUGAACCCACAACUAGAUAUAGAUGGAGAAAAAAACAUCUGGAUUUUAAAACCAAGAAAUUCAUCUAGAGGAAGAGGGAUACAUUGCAGAAAUGAUCUGAAAGAGAUAUGUUCCUUCGGAAAUGAAUGGGUGGUUCAAAAGUACAUAGAGAGGCCACUUCUUGUAUAUGGAACCAAAAUUGAUCUCCGUCAGCAUUUCCUCAUAACGGACUGGUGCCCCUUAACUAUCUGGUUCUAUAAGCACAGUUUCAUCCGUUUCUCAUCUCAGCCGUUCACGCUGAAGAGUUUAGAUACCGCCAUCCAUGUAUGUAAUAACAGCAUACAGAGGAAUUUAAAGAAUGCACCAAAUCGUCACCCCAACCUGCCUGAAGAAAACAUGUGGCACAGUGACGAAUUCAAAGAGUAUCUUUGUACAAUCGGAAAAGAGCAAGUCUGGGAUUCAAUCAUUAUACCAGGGAUGAAGAAAGCCCUCAUUCAAACUAUGAAGGCCACCCAGGAAAAUGCGAUGUACAAGAAAAACAGUUUUGACCUUUUUGGUGCAGAUUUUAUGUUUGGAGAAAACUUCCAGCCCUGGCUCCUUGAGAUCAAUCUCAAACCGGACAUAAUCAAAGACACGUCAGUGAUGGAGAAGCUUGUUCCACCAAUGGUAGAGGACAUUGUACGUGUGGUGAUUGAUUACAAGGAUGACCCUAACUGUGACCUGGGAGGAUUUGAACUUAUAUAUAAACAGUUCUAGGCUAAUUAUACUGGAAAUGGGACUCUCAAUCAAGAAAACACCUUUACAGAUCUAAAGAAAACAACCAUCUCUGAUCCAUAGCAGGUGGCUAGUGGGAUGAGUCGUGGAGGAAGAAAUAGUCCAACCAACCCUUUCCUUUUGAUGUCUAUUUUUUCUUUGUUAUACCUGUACCUAAAUAUAUUUAAAAUAAAAUUGGUAUUAAAUGUAUGAAAACAUGUUUAAAAUUAUUUCCUUAAUCGCUUUUUGUACUCUUU